CGAGAGCCAGCGCACACACAGUGCAAGAGAGUUUGCGAAAAAACCUGGACAAAAAGCCAAAUUGAUUGCGAAUUGAGCAGCUUGAGGAAGCAGGUUUUCCCAUUGACCAGUGCCGUGGAGUGCUCUAACCACCGUGGCCGUGGAGGCAUCGCGAAGCCAGCGAAACCCUCGCCAGUGGAGUUCUCCCAUCUUCCACCUCCUCCACCUCCGUCUUGGGGGCCAAAGGCAGAAAAUCAGCAGAGACUUCGAGACGAGCAGCGCAGGCAGCGGGGACUGGCACUGGGCUGCUGGGUUAAGCGUGGAAGUAAACAAACGGAUCGGAUUCCGGCUUGGAAUCGGAGGAACGGGGCGUGGCUCGCUUACCAGGCGGCUUGGCAAACAAAACCAGAGGUGGCAACAAGUAGGCGGCAGGCAUGGACGUGUCCCUCACCGAGCCCGAGACGCGCUUCUACAGUGAGUUGUUCCAAUGCUGCGACGUGGAGAAGACGGGCAAGGUGCCCAUGCUGAAGGCCACCGAGCUCUUCCGCUCGGCGGACAUCGCCAACGAGACAGUGAUUGAGAUCACUGGCCUCGCGGGGAUUCCCUCCACGGCACUGCACAUCUCGCGAACGCAGUUCUAUUCAUGCCUGAAGCUAAUCGCCGCCCAUCAGGCGGCCAUGCCCCUGCGCCAGGAGCUGAUUUUGGCAACGUUUUCUCUACCACUGCCGCACUUUAGCUGGAAGGAGGCGGUCACAGCUCCGGUGGCUGUUGAAAAUGGACUGGCUGCCUUGCCCCCGCCGCCGCCCACAGAUCGUAGGAACUCGUUGCGCCGUAACUCACAGCAGGAGCAACUGCAGGACACCUCCGAUGUGCCCAGCACCGACUCCGAAGUGGAGCAAAACGAAUCCGUGGACGAGGCGGCCGGACACGGGCGCGGCACAGAUGGCAGUGGGGUCGUCAGCAGCAGCAGUCGCGAGAAUGUCGGGCGACGCCGAGGGGGCGGUGCUGCUGGUGGAUCUCCGGAAGCCUGGAGCACUAACAGUGACAGCCCCACGCCCACCAACAGUGUGGCCGAGCGGCCCUGGGCGCAGGACACCCUCUGGCAGGGAUUGCUGGGCGACGAGCACCGCCAGCUACUGGGCACGGAGGAGGAGUCCUCCGAUCGCCACAGCAGCGACGACGAGGACAACGAGAGCGAGUUGGUUACUAUCUACCAGAUAACCCCGGAGCAGCGCGAAUACUAUAACAAGCAGUUCCGGACGGUGCAAAGGGAUCCGCAUGGACUGCUCUCAGGCCAGGCAGCUAGAAACUUUUUUGAAAAGAGCCGCAUUCCCGUGGAGGAGCUGCGUCACAUCUGGCAGUUGUGCGACGUUACCCGUGAUGGAGCGCUAAGCCUGUCUGAGUUCACUGCCGCCAUGCACCUGGUGGUUCUAAGACGAAACAACAUUCCGUUGCCCACGAGUCUGCCCCACUGUCUGCACCCCAACGUGCUAAAAGCGGCUGCAGCUGGCAGUGGACAGAGAGUAACCUCCUCUUCGUCAGCGGCGCUGCCUCAGGAGCCGCCUGAGGCUGAUCUCCUGCACCUAAAUGACGACGAUGAGGACGACCACACGGACAAUACGAUCAUAGCCGGCAAUCUCAGCGGCGGCAGUUCCAACAGCAAGCCGCGUCCCAACGUGCCCAGCGACAAGAACAUCAUGAAUCUGAGCAGCAUCUCCACAUCCUCACAGGCUAGCAACAGUUCCAGGCGAGAGGCUACACCGCAGAAUUCGCUGGCUAAGAACCGUAGCAUCUCAAACUCACCGAAUGUGGAAAAAUCAAUGGCGGGAGCCGUUUCGUCUACAGCAAACGCUGUAGACUCGAGCAACGCCUCCAGUCAGUGGACAAAGUUUAGCGAAUCUCCUACAACAAGUGCUGCUCCGGUGCAGUCAACCACUGGGGCUGCACCUGUUGUAGCCGCCGGAGCAACCGCUCCUGCUGCCUCUAGUCCCGGGCUUAAGCCAGCCCUGUUUGACAUGAAGCGCUCUGCUCAGGACGUGGUCUCCAAUCCACAGAUCCUGCACCCAGUGCCGCUAAGAGUGACGCCCAUAGGCACCGCCAUUGCCUCCUCCGCUGAGUCAUCUAACGACAACGAGAGCGUUGUGACUCUGCGCGAGGAUAGUCCCAAGGCCAUCUCUUCGACCGCAGUCAACAAUCAGUCAUCUGGAUCUGCUGUUUUAACUGGAGUAUCGGGAGUCGCUGGCUCCCAUCGCGAUAGCAGUGAUCUGCGUGCCAUCCAACGGCCUCAGGCCAAAAAGCUGCCGGCCAAGAACAGUGCAUUGCCACCGCCACCGCAACGUGAGCCGAGCAUCGGAUCUAGCGGGCCAAGUGAGCCGCCGGAGCCACAGCCCGCUUACAUGGGGUCAUUGGUGGCGUCCAAAAAGGACCCACCGCCCCUGCCACCGCCGAGGCCACAUCGCCAUGCGCGAAGCAGUAGCUUGGACUUAAACAAGUUCAAAAUGGGCGCAACGGGCGGCGCCCAGCAGGCGGAGAUCACUGCGCAGGCCAGCUUCGAUAUGCAAACCUCAACGGGGUUUGCCGAUUUCACGCACUUUGCCGACGAAGGCGCCGCGAACGUCGUGGACGAGCAGCAGCUACACUCUUUGCCGCCGGCAGCUCCUCCCCCGCAAGCAGCGGUAGUGCCGCCAACGAGGAUUACUCUUCAGCAGGCUCAACAGCGCGUUUCCGCCUUCGAGGUUUAUCGGAAGCCGCAAACGCCGCGCGGAUCGCAGUCGCCGCCCCAGCAGCCACCACCGCCGGCCCCAGCUGUGGGAUUAGCCACCCAAUCUGGUCAGCUGCCCAGUGCUGAGAGCUUUGAGAAGCGGGUGACAGCCAUAAGUGACUCGCUGCGCCACGUAACCUUCAAACAGGGCCAGGCUAACACUACGGAGGUGCUGCAAAGACUACGCGAGCAGAACAAUUCACUGCUUCAUCUCUGUAACGAUUUAAGCGAUGAACUGUUGAGCGUCCAGACGCGCAAGGAGGAGAUGCGACUGAAGUUGGAGGGACUUAGUGCCGGUGAUAAUACUGGUCGAACGAGCUCCUCGAUAUCCGCUCCGGUGACCGCGAACGUAACCGGUGGAUCCUCGGGUUCGGCAGGACCUGCUUACACCAACGUUUAAGCAGCGAAAAAUUAUCAUGUUUACUAGGGAGAAUCGAUUUGUUUCUGGACAACUUGUGAGCUACUUUUCUGCCCAUGUACUUGUAUCAUUUAUUGGUAUUUCUAAAUUCAACAUUUAACAUUCCUUAUAAUGCGCUCCAAAUUUUUUAAGUUGUCAAUUAGCCCUCCUUUUCUGCAUAUUAGACGGCGUUUUUUAAAUUGGUCGUUAAAUUUAAAGAAGACCAUUUUUUCAAAAAUACUACAAAAUUAACUAUUCUUAGUUGGAAAAGAAAGGCUAAGUUAUAGUUAAGAUAUUUUCCUAGUUUGAUACAAGACAAAAGAAUUUUAGGCCAAAACGCUGGGAGGAAAGCAACCUGUACAAACUUGUUUUUCCAUUCAAACAAAUCGGUCCACCCGUAAUGUUUAACACAUAUUUUGUUGUCUCUGUAUGUUGCAAGCACAAUUUACUAAUCGGGGUGUUUGCACAGCGAUAAGACUGGGCAAAGCUUGAGUAAGCAACCAAAAUUUCCGACAAAAUCGUUUCUUAUUUGGGAAAAUGUUUACGCAGUCUGUGGAGACAUAUUCACAAGAUCUGCCACCUUCAACAUUUCCAGUGUUCAUAUUGCUAGCUCAAGGCUCGCUCAGCUUUUAUCUGCUAAAAACACUAACGAUGGAUCUGAUACAGCGUCCGUUUAUGCAUUGAAGUUGCUAAUUUAAUUUGUAGGCUAGUUAAAUCUCAAGAACACAAACAAAUCAUGCGAGAACAACAACAAUAAUGCCGCCUCUAUAGAUAUUUAUGCAGAUCGAUUUAUAUAUAUAUGUAUAUUUAGAGAUAUAUGUAUAUGCGCUUCUCCUAAUUGUUACGAGUAAAUGACAAACCGUUCUUUCGCUUGACAGCCACCCGUAUCUCACCCUCACCCUAGUGAUUAAUGAAACUGCCACAAAGUGGUCCAAUCCCAGCUGUAAUAUUUCCUGCUGCGAAGGCAUUUUACUUUCCAAUUUGCUAUUUAUUAAUGUUUUGUGUAUGCCUCGAAAAUGUCCCCUUCAAUUCAUUCCGGCAAUGAAAAUUAACCAAGAAACAAAGAAAAAAUCACAAAAACCAACCUAAAAAAUUAAAAGCCAGGCUUAAUGUUUAAGUAUUAGAAAAGUCAAAGGUAAAAAAUCGAUAACAAAUUCAUUUCCUUGAAAGCUUAGCUUAGGUUUUUCAAAAAGUAUAUACAUAUUAAUAUAUUUUCUAUCUGUAUAGUGUACCCAAAAACACGAACUACUUGAUAUUAUGUACAUUUAUCAAAAUUUUUUUCUACGACUAACGGGAAAGGAAUUAAGAUCGAAACAGGAGACAUAUUUAAUUUACCCGGACCACUGAACGUGUACGUAUAUGCUAACUUCGAAUUUAUCAGAUAAACCGGCAUAUAUCACUUCUUUUGCAUACUUAAACCACUAGAUGUAUGAGUUUGUCUUUAACUUGUUAAACAUUUUCAAAGAUCUACCACACACAAUCACACGAAAAACGAAAAAAACAAAAUGUAAUGAAAAGAAAAAGUGAUAUUGAAACACUAUGUAAACAUAUUAUUACGUGGCUGCGUAAUCAAUGUGUAUUGUUUUGAUGGAUAUACAUCUCUAUGAAUAAAGAUAAAUGUAUUAAGUUGAUGUUAAAAUGCAAUAAAAAUGAAAGUGCA